CAAUUAUUCAGACUUGAGAUUUUGGAGCAAAAAACUAAAAAAAAAAAGAAAAACAAAGAAACUAAACCGAAAUAAAUAAGAAAUAUAUUAUAUAUUUAUAUAAAUACAAUAAAUAUUAAAAGAUGGAUAACAAAUUGCUUGGUGCGAAUUCCGUUGAGGAUACAAUUAUGGAACUGGAUGCGGACAAAGUGUGCCUGGUGACGGACACAUUCAGCAAGGCGGACAUAUUUCUGCAAUCGAAUGAAAAGUUUGGCUACAUCCAGCUCAAUGCGCCGGGUUUGUAUAACUUCCGAUUGCCGCAAUCGGAAUGCGAAUGUGUGCACGAUGUGAGCACUGUCAACGUGGAGCAGAUGGAGGAAGAUGAGCUAACGGACAAGUGGAUGAAGGAGCCGAUGGAUGAGAUCAAUUUAAUCCAAGCAGAGGAGGAGCAGCAACUGGGAUUCUUGCAACGCGAUGAGGCAACUGGUGAGCUGUACAUGUUGCUGCCACUCGAAGUGGAUGUGUUGCUGCAACCAGAGCAGCAGCUGUUGCCAGAGUUGCCCGCGGGGGAGGAAGAGCAGCCGGAGGAGGCGCGCCAAAGUGACGAGGAUGAAGACGAAGCUGAUCAUGAGGAUUUGUCACAGACAACGCUGACGGACACGCCGAAGUUGCCGCCAGAGCAACUGCACGAAGUCUGUCACUUUGUAGUGCCCAAGAUGAGUCUCAACUUUCAGCUAACACUGCAAAUUGGCAACUUGGCAACCGAAGCAGACGACGCAGACGAAGACUAACGAGAGUCCCACUCAAAACAUAAACCAAAAACUUGUGCUUAUUUCUAUGUGUGUAUGUAUAUAGUGUAGAAUAUAAAUUUCGUGUUAAACAGGCAAAAAAAAA